UCAGUUUAUCAGCACGAUCGUCGGAACGCAGAAGUUUGAUUCUCGGUCGCAAAUCAAUUCGAGUUCUCUGAGGUUAUUUAGGUAAUGUAAACACUUAAAAGUGUUGAAUUCAAACUGCAUGCAAUCAAAGUACACUUAUUUCAAUCGUUUUUGACUUGUAAAAACCUCGCAAAAUCUGAUUCCAGCUCUAAAAUUGCUUAUCUGGCUCGCCAACCAAAAAAAAACGACGACCUCCAUCAUGAAGUACCACCCUGCUGUCGGUGGUAUGAUCAUUUAUUUGAUCGCGAUCAUCACUGUUAGCUUAGUGAAUGGUGCGGAAAAUCCACGAAUAAUCAUAAUCGGUGCCGGUGCUGCUGGUAUAGCGACGGCAAGUCGACUCUAUCAGCGAGGCCUAAAGAACAUCACCAUUCUGGAAGCGUCCCACCGUAUCGGUGGACGUGUCGCUUCGACUCCCUUCGCUGGUGGAGUUGUGGAACUAGGUGCACAGUGGUGUCAUGGGGAGGAAAACAAUGUGGUGUACGAGCUGGCCUCAGUGUUUCCCGAUAUGCUUGAGCGCUCCAUAGUUAGCGAUGGGGAAGCAUUGGUACGUUCCAAUGGUGUGCGUAUCGAUGAUAACGUUACCAUGAAAUUCGUAGCUUUGGCUGACGAGAUCCUUACGUCGAGUGAACGGGAGAAUUACACGGGUAGCUUGGGUGACUUCUUUACCACAAUGUACUGGGAACAGUUGCGGUCAGAUUCCAACUAUAGUGAUAUAAACCGUGAGCUAGCCGAGCAGUUUGUGGUGUUUUUUCACAACUAUUAUCGAGGAUACUCGGCAUAUGACUCGUGGUUCGAGGUAGCUGCCAACGAAAAUGACACCUACGAAGAAUCGAAAGGAAAUUCGACAAUCUCUUGGAACAGUACGAAAGGAUUUUCUAUCAUCCUCGAUAUUGUAUCAGGCAAUUAUCCGGGAACAAUGAAUACCACUCUGACACCAGUGCCCUUGAGCCAGCUUGUUACGUACGAUAAAUUUGUAUCCAACAUUCACUGGGAUGGAACAUCGAAUCAGCAAGUUCGCGUUACCACCGAUGAUGGUUCCCAAUACGAAGCAGAUCAUGUGAUCAUUACGGUUCCGCUAGGUGUACUUAAAGAGAACCAUCAUACAAUGUUCACACCAGCGCUACCCACCGUUCAUCAACAAGCCAUCGGUGGAAUUUACUUUGGAACCGUCAACAAAAUAUAUCUGCUGUUUGAUAAACCCAUUCCGGAAGAGCUUCCGAACACGGUAUCCCUGCUCUGGUUCGAGUCCGAUCUGGAACCGUUAAGACGUACCAAACACGCAUGGACUGAAGCCGUGUCCACCUUGUUUCGCGUUGAUCAUCAACCGAACGUACUGGCUGCCUGGUUGAAUGGGGUUGAAGGACGUCAAGCAGAACUGCUGACGGAUGAUGAUGUCCGGGAAGGAAUGCUGCAUUUGUUAAGUAUUUUUGUGGGCAAUUUAAAUUUCGGUAAACUGGAAGAUGUACUCAGGUCGAAAUGGUCCUCAAAUCGUCUAUUCCGUGGAUCUUACUCUAGUCGAUCUAUAACGACGGAAAGGUUAGGCACUGGUGCGAAAUAUCUUGCCACACCCUUGACAGAUGCUGCUAACAAACCUGUGGUAAUGUUUGCCGGAGAAGCUACCAGCCACAAACGCUACUCCACCGUACAUGGGGCUAUUGAGAGCGGAUUUCGUGAAGCGGAUCGUUUGCUCAGUUUGUAUCAAUGAGAUUCUUACGAGGAUGUUGCGAGAAUUCAACCUCCGUACAUCAUCAAAGUUAGGUGUACUGAAAACUCGGAGUUCCAGGCUGUAUGCAUCUCCUAGUACAAAGAUUCUGGAAAAAAUCUCAUUGAAUAUGCAAUAAAAUGAUGAAUUACACAAAUUGAG